AAACUCCUUACCAUGCGGAAGGUUAUCCAUUUUCAGAGGUUGAUUGGGCGACGACUCCCUGGACAAAGGUUCGAUAGGAUACUAGUAGACCCAUAUCUCCCCAUUACCAUGAUUCCUGCAACCGCGUUUAACAAAGACUUUCAAUACUUUGCCUCAAAUCAACAAUUUUACGACAAAAUCCAUAUUAUAUAUAUACUUCUUCCAAAUGCAAAAUCUCCAACCCGCCAGCAGACUCACCCAAUGGAAACAGACUCUGGCACAUCGUCAACAUUCCUUCCUUCCACAGUCUGUUCUUCUACCUCUACCCUCACUACCCAGACACCAGCUGUAACUACAACACCAACAAACGCUGAUUUCGAAGAACCUCUUCAAGCGAGGUUUCUUGUUCUCGAGAGAAAGUUAUGGGAACUCGAAGUGAACGCUGAGAGAGAUGUAGGAUCUAGUAUCGAUGUCGGUGAAUUGGAUAACAUGCAAAAUAUGCAGAGGAGAGCGAGUGACGUUAGAAGCGUGGAAGAUACGGAAUUUGACGGAGAAGACGAGAGUGUAAUUGAAACAGUGAUUGAGUGGGCGUAUGAGCGGGAUAAUGAAAAAGAAGAUGAUGAGGAAGAA